UUAGCAGUUAGCUCCGGUUAGCUUGAGUUAGCAUCAGUUAGCAGUAAAGGUAAACAUGUCUGCAGCAGAAGAUGACACCGAGCUCAGAGAUCUGCUCAUCCAGAACCUGGAGAACAGCGGAGUGCUCAACAAGCUGAAGGCUGAGAUGAGAGCGGCCGUGUUUCUGGCGAUGGAGGAGCAGGACCGGCUGGAGAAUAAAACUCCUCUGGUGAAUGAAAACCUGAAGAAAUGUCUGAACAGUAAAGACGGUCGUCUGGUCGCUGGUCUCAUCGUUGACUUCCUGCAGGUGUUUAAUCUGGACUUCAGUCUGUCUGUGUUCCAGCCGGAGAUCAACUCACUGAACGGUCUGGACAGUCGGGACUCGGUCUGCAGAGAUUUGUGUCUGAGCGAGUCGGAGCUGAACAGGAAGAGUCCGCUGCUGCUGGAGCUGGUCAGGAGGGGGCGCCACCGAGACCAGAGCACCGUCUCCCAGUGUGAACAAGAAACAAGAGGAAACAUUCCCAAGGAACCGUCUCAGAAGCAGAUCUCAGCCGCCAGGAAAACGUUCGACGUCCACGACAAGAAUAAGAGCGGCUCGGUUUUAAAGGACGACCUGAAGUCUGUUUUCACUGAUCUGUUCCCCGGUCUCAACAAGAACAUGUUGGAGAGAUUCGUAGCUGACGAGCUCAAAGCCGCCGAUAAGAGCUUCAGUAAAACUGUGGACUUUCAGCUGUUUCUGGGAAUCUACAGACGCCUCUUCACUCAGUGCAGAAGUGUGGUUGUUCAGGAGUCUGAUGACGUCACUCAGAGUCGGACAGAGGACAGAGUCGGCUCUCCUCCUGUCAGUAAGAUUCCCAGGUAUAAAGGUGCAGAUCACAGAGGACAGAGUCAGACAGCAGCAAAGGACUCAGAGUGUGUGUUUGGUAAAGGAGACGUCAGAGGCAGCGAGCCUUCCUCUUCCUCUCUGAGGAAGGAUCGGCUGGAUCUGGAUCUGGAGGCUGGAGACGAACCUGAAGAAGGAGACUCGUUCUUUGAUGACCCGUUACCCAAACCUCAGAAGACCUACGGCUGUCUGUCUGCUCUGGCUGAUGAUGAUGAUCUUUCUGAACAGAGUCACAGCUCUGAGCUCAGGAAGAUGGAAACGUCCGGAGCCAGAGAGAGUCCAGCAGGAUCCCUGUCUGAGGGGCGAGGAGGAGGAGGAGGAAGUGAAGGAGGAGGAAGAGGAGCAGGAGGAGGAGGAGGUGUAGUGGCUGUGGUCAGGUGUUCAUGUGUAGAUGAGGAGGUGAAGAUCUCCUUCAGGAAUGUCGGGAACGAGCGGCGCCUCAGAAGAGUCUUCAUCCACCGCUGGCUGGAGUCCCCCCGCCUCUCCACUGCCUCCAUCAGCAGUAAUGAGCGCGCUCCGUCUGACUCCUCCGACUUGCCGUCCGCUCGGCGCCCGGUGAGUCUCGUCUCCACGCUGUCGUCUGGAUCCGGAUCCUCCAGAGACGACCUCGCCCCCCCCCCGGCCCGCCCGCUGUCCUCGGACCCAGACGUAGACCUUGACCUGAGCCCCCCCGAGGGCCGGCAGCCGUGGCCCCUCCCCUCACCUGACAGGAAGGGGCGGAGCCUGAACAGCAGCAGCAUGGCGCCCAACCCUCAGCUGACCUACCUGGACCGCGUCGUCAUGGAGAUCAUCGAGACGGAGAGGAUGUACGUCAGAGACCUGCGUAUGAUCGUAGAGGACUACCUGGCUCACAUCAUCGAUCAGUCUGAUUUGUCGAUCCGGCCGGAGCAGGUUUGCUCUCUGUUCGGGAACAUCGAAGACAUCUACGAGUUCAACAGCGAGCUGCUGCAGUCUCUCGACCUGUGUGACAACGACCCGGUUGCCGUGGCGAGGUGCUUCGUCAUGAAGAGUGAAUACUUUGAAAUAUACACACAGUACUGCACCAAUUAUCCAAAUUCGGUUGCCGCUCUGACGGAGUGCAUGAGGAAUAAAUCUCUGGGGAAGUUUUUUCGGGAGCGCCAGGCGUCGUUGAAGCGUUCGCUGCCUCUGGGAUCGUACCUGCUCAAACCUGUUCAGAGGAUCCUCAAAUACCACCUGCUGCUGCAGGAGAUAGCGAAGCACUUUGACCCGGAGGAGGAAGGGUAUGAGGUGGUGGAGGAAGCGAUCUACACCAUGACCGGAGUCGCCUGGUACAUUAAUGACAUGAAGAGGAAACAUGAACACGCUGUUAGACUGCAGGAGGUCCAGUCUCUGAUGCUGAACUGGAAAGGUCCAGAUCUCACCACGUAUGGAGAACUGGUUCUGGAAGGAACCUUCAAGGUCCAUCGAGCCAAAAACGAGAGAACGCUUUUCCUGUUUGACAGAAUGCUGCUGAUCACUAAACGCAGAGGAGAACAUUACGCCUAUAAGACCCACAUCUCUUGCUCCACGUUGAUGCUGAUCGAGAGCGCCAAAGACUCGCUGAGCUUCAGCGUCACUCACUACAAGCACCCAAAGCAGCCCCACACGGUCCAGGCGAAGACAGUAGAAGAGAAGAAGCUUUGGGCUCAUCACAUCAAACGCAUCAUUCUGGAAAACCAUCACGCCAUCAUCCCACAGAAGGCGAAGGAAGCCAUCUUGGAAAUGGAUUCUAUCUAUCCUCUUCGGUAUGCGGAGCGGUUGAACAAAGCUCCGCCUCCUCGUCAGGCUGAUGGUCGCCAGGGACGACGACAGUCAGAGCCGAGCAGACAGAUUCUGAGGAGCUCUAAAGGUAGUGACGGGGCGUUACCGGGGGCGUUGCUGGGGGCGUUACCGGGGGCGUUGCCGGGGGAGACGCCCCCUCUGCAGCCCACCGCCAGCAGCAGCACGCUGGGCGAGUCUGAGUUGGAGCGGCCUGCUGAGGAGGAGGAGGAGGGCAGGAAGCGGUCUGUGCAGCGGCAGAGCUGCAGUGAUGAGGAAGAGGAGGAGGAGGAAGAAGAGGAGCGGCGGGCGGCGGACAGUGACCCCGAUGACCUCCUGCUGGAGGACGACCAGGUAGCCGACUUCGCCAGCUCGCUGCUGGCCGCCAUUUCCUGCUGGCACUACAGGGCCCAGGCUCUGCUGUCCUCAGGGGUCGCCAUGGUGACGGAGGCGGAGGCCGCCGGCGUCUCUUCUAACGGCAGUAACAAAGUAAUCGGAGUACUUCCUGCUGAGACAGGUGCGACUGAGCCGACGGGUCAGCAGAAGCAGCCUCAGGAGAAGCCUUCAGAGUCGGAGCCCUCAGAAAACCCUGAACCAGAACCUCCGGCUCGUCUGUCCACCACUCCUCCGAGGAUCUCGGCGAGUCCUCAGCAGACGGAACCGCUGAAACCCAAAGCGGAUCUGGAGCCGGUAGAGGAGCCGUCCUCCGCGACCCCGGAUUCAGAUUCAAAGACGCUGAGCAGCGGUGAAUCCUCCGAGGAUGAGGAGGGUGAGAAGGAGGCGGCGGAGGCCUCCAGCAUCCUGCCCUCGUCGGUUCUGGACAAAGCCAGCGCCAUCGCUCAGCACUUCAACAACAGCGUGAAGCGAGGCAGCCUGGUCCAGGACGAGGCCCGCUCCCCCAGCUGCACGUCACCGCGGUUACCCAGCAGGACCGGCAGCAGCGUCAGCCUCAGCGCCGAACGGUUACCCAGCAGGACCGGCAGCAGCGUCAGCCUCAGCGCCGAUCGGUUACCCAGCAGGACCGGCAGCAGCGUCAGCCUCAGCGCCGAUCGGUUACCCAGCAGGACCGGCAGCAGCGUCAGCCUCAGCGCCGAUCGGUUACCCAGCAGGACCGGCAGCAGCGUCAGCCUCAGCGCCGAACGGUUACCCAGCAGGACCGGCAGCAGCGUCAGCCUCAGCGCCGAUCGGUUACCCAGCAGGACCGGCAGCAGCGUCAGCCUCAGCGCCGAACGGUUACCCAGCAGGACUGGCAGCAGCGUCAGCCUCAGCGGUGACCGGUUACCCAGCAGCACCUGCUCCGACCUCGCCGAGACCUUUGGCGCCACAGAUCUGACCCUGCUGUCCCUGCAAGACGACGGCCUGUUUGAAAGGAGCAUUCAGCGGAGGCGUGACUCCAUGCUGUCCAAACAGGACCAGCUGCUCAUCGGGAAGAUCAAGAGCUACUACGAGAACGCCGGAAACCAGGACGCCACCUUCAGCCUGCAGCGCAGAGAGAGCCUGACCUACAUCCCCACCGGCCUGGUCAGGAGCUCCGUCAGCCGGCUCAACAGCAUGCCGAAGGACAAGCCGUCCUCCUCCUCCGGUCUCGAGCCGUCCUCAGACUCAGCGCUACCGUCUGAAACCCGAGGUCACAUGGUGUCAAGUGAUUCUUCGGACUCUAUGAAGUCGGGUCAGAGGAGCACAGAACCCGAAGACUCAGGAGAAAGGUCCAGAUCUCACAGCGUGCCUGAUAAUCCAGCUGAGGAUGAAGAAUUCAGACCUUCAUCUGAAAUGAUCAAGAUCUGGCAGGCGAUGGAGCAGCAGAUCACCAGAAGCGACGACCGAGGCCGCGAUCGAUGUCGAGAGGCGUCGAGAAGCUGCAGAACCAUCAGCGAAGAGACCUCGAGCAGGACCCGAGACCAGGAGGGCGCAGCGUCUGACCUCGGCACCAUCGCAGAGGAGUCCCGCAGUCUGUCGCCCCCCAAACACAAAGCCUCCGCCGGGGUGAACCGGGCUGGAGGUCUGAAGGACUCCAUGAAGGUUUGCAGGGGAGACGCCGCCGUCCUCAGGGCUGCGGGCCCGCGGGUGGCCCGGCUGAAGGCCGAGGCUGAAGCCGAGCCGCCGAGCGAGGACGAGCAGGACGACGUCGACAAGGCCAAGAGCAAAGUCCUCCACCUGGCCCGCCAGUACAGCCAGAGAAUCAGAACCACCAAACCGGUGGCCCGGCAGCGGAGCCACCACGGAGCCCUGAUCAGGAAGAAGAGCUUACCCUGCGUGGUGGAGGAGAUGUCAGGUAAAUCCAGCCUGAUUCUGCCGCUGGCUUCUCUGGACCUCGGACCUUCUCUUCCUCUGAGUCCCGUGGACCAGGUGAGGUCUCCGAGCCCCGGCCCCGCCUGCUCCCCGGGGGGUCGGGCUCGGUCCCGCAGCCCUCUCAGCCCCCCUCCUCCCACCGAAGGCUUCAACUGGCCCGACGUCCGGGAGCUCCGCACCAAGUACACGGUCCACAGCCGCUCCCCGAUGGCCUCCGUGACCCGGAGUCUCUCCAUCCCGGAGCAGAUGUUUGACGGCGGUCUGAGGAGACAUUCGAGCGCCUCGCCCGGCCCGCUGCUCCCCGACACUCCUCCUCACAGACCCCUCGCCAGCCGCGACGCCGCCCGCAAGGAGCGCAGCAACAGACUCCAGAGAGCGAACUCUCUGGACCCCCGGCUGAGCGGAGCACAGCUGAGCGAGCUGCAGAACCUCCAGGACCAGGUCUCUAACAGCAGCUACGCCGGCUACUACGUGGCGGCCGAGGCGCCGAUGCAGAGCGACCCCGAACACAAGAUCAUCGUCAUGGAGAAGCUUCCUCCGCCGGAGUCGGAGACCGCCAAAGAAACCACAGAAGAAGACGACAGCUACGUUCAGAUCCGCUCUCCCACCAGCAAAGAGAAGAUCUCCAUCAUGGCCGUCAUCGACCGUUGCCGCGCCUACCAGGACUCAGACGAGUACCGGCAGCGAGAGGAGGCGAGAGCCAGAUCAGAGCCGGCCCGGCCAGCAGAGGGCGACGUCACGGCGGCCGGGUCAUGUGACGAUCAGGACGGCUCGCAGCAGAGCAUCGUGAAAAACCUGAGAGAGAAGUUUCAGAGUCUGAGCUGAAAAAACAGUUUGUGAACUUUAAAAUGAAAUGUUACAAUAGUCAUAACGGUUUUAAAUCUGUAAGUAUCAGACGGUUAAUUCUUAUUAUUCUGCAUCAUAGUUAUUAUUUUAAUGUUCACAUCAGGACAUCAAACAUUAUUAUUUAAUAAUUAUAAUUAUUGUCAUUUUAGUGUUUAGAAGACAAAAUGUUUCAUCUCAACAGAUUAAAAUGAAAUCAAGAGAAAAUAAAAAGAACAGAAAUCUGUAAAUAUCUUUAUUAAAAGCACUUUUUUUUGUACAGUUUCAUUUUAAAAGCUUCACUGAGCAGAUUCAUUAACCUCAGACUGCUGCUUCGUGUUAAAGGAACAUUUCAACAUUUAAAUAAGUCCUUAAAAACGUUUUGGUGAAUGAAACCUGUGAAUUUAUUUUAAUAAAGUAAUUAAUAAAAAGCAACCUGCUCAUUAACAGUAAAGAUGAGCUGCUGACUGUUCAUUCAGUCUUCAGACCAAAGAUGCUCAGAAAGAAGAGUUUAAACAUUUUAUUAUUAUUGUUUUAAUGAAUUUUAAAAAACAGAUUAUCAAUAAAUGAAACACCUAAAUUAUUUUACCAAAUUAUGAUGAAUUAACUAUUUAUAUAUUAAUGUUUGUUUCUCUGUUUUGUGCCUUUUAGUUUUUAUAAUUAUGUCUCAGUUUAUUUUAUUAAGUUUUUCAUUUCUUUAGUUUAUUAAAACCAGCUGUUCAUCUUUUAUCCAAACAUUAUAUAUUAUAUUAUAUUAUGUUAUGUUAUGUUAUAUUAUAUUAUGUUAUAUUAUAUUAUAUUAUAUUAUAUUAUAUUGUAUUAUUACCCAGAGCAUUGUAUAUUAUUAUAAACAUUAUAUUGAUCCAGAGCAGCCAUUAAAGCACCUUGAUGACGGGCACAUGGGCUGAUGGGACUUGAACCUGUGACUUUGUGACCACUGAUCCGUCGCUAACAGUCCUCCUAUUUAUUGAUCUGAUGUAAAUACAAACUGUAACCAUGGUUACACACGUGUGAGUGUGUGUGUGUACAGAAAUGUUUGCAUGUAUGUUCUGUUUCACAUUAAAACCACCUA